GGUGCCGCCUGCGGCGGGGCGGUGACCAGCACAUCCCGGCUCCUUCCUCGAAGCAGCGGGGGUGGAGAGAGAGGGGCUGGGGGAGGUCCUCUCCGCCCCCGUCGGAGGGAGCGGAGCGGAGCGGAGCGAGGGGAAAGCAUGUGAAAAUUGUUCCUAUUUCUUCAGGUCUGUGGACGUGAGUUUUUCAUUGGACUUAGAGGCAGCAUUUUUGACACUCUUUGCAGAGUGGUUCUUUAGUGUGGUCCUGACAAGCUGCUUCUGGUGUCAGUAACAGACCUUCUACCAUGAGCAAUUCUACUCCAGCUACAGAUAAUGAGAAGAAAAAAAGUAAAGGAAAAAGAUCUCCAUGUUCCCCUUCACGUGUCCUUCAUAUUCGUCAAAUUCCAAAUGGUGUUACUGGAGCAGAAGUUGUUUCAUUAGGUCUCCCUUUUGGCAAAGUAACUAAUCUCUUGAUGCUAAGAGGAAAAGGUCAGGCUUUUUUGGAAAUGGCUUCUGUAGAUGCUGCUGUUUCUAUGGUGAACUACUACACUCCUGCUACACCUCAUCUUCACAAUCAGCCAGUUUACAUUCAAUAUUCCAAUUACAAGGAACUUAGGACUGACAAUCAGCAUAAUCAGGCUAGACCCCAACCUGUACCGCAAUGUGCGAAUGCUGUGCAGCAUGGAAACCUGGGUAUUACAAGUGCUCUUGCUGCUGAAGGUGGGGUCCUUCCAAGUCAUGGUUCUGUUCUUCGAAUCAUUGUUGAAAAUGUUUUUUGCCCUGUCACUUUAGACAUACUGUAUCAGAUUUUCUCUAAAUUUGGCUUUGUCUUGAAGAUUGUCAUGUUCCAUAAGAACAAUCAAUUUCAAGCUCUGCUCCAAUAUGCUGAUGCAAUGAAUGCAUAUUAUGCCAAAAUGUCUCUGGAUGGCCAUUGUAUCUACACUGGCUGCUGUACUCUGCGUAUUGAUUUCUCCAAGUUAACUAACCUAACAGUGAAGUACAACAAUGACAAAAGUAGAGAUUUCACUCGUAUUGACCUUCCUUUUGGUGAUGGCCAACGAACUGUGGAGACAUCCUUAUCUACUCCCUUUGCUUCCCAAAAUACCAUAUUUCCAUCAUAUACAGGGCCUCCUGGGUUUGCCCCAGCCUUGGGCUUUCCUCAGGGAGCAGGUCCUUCUGUUCUGCCUGUUCCUGGGGCACUUGGUCCUCUCACAGUCACCACAUCAGCAGUGCCUGGACACAUGACUAUUCCUGGUAUUCCAGGAAACUCUGUUUUACUAGUUAGCAACCUCAACCCUGAAGCCAUCACACCUUAUGGACUUUUCAUCCUGUUUGGUGUGUAUGGUGAUGUGCAUCGUGUGAAAAUCAUGUUUAAGAAAAGAGGAAUUGCUUUGGUUCAGAUGGCAGAUGCAACCCAAGCCCAAUUAGCUAUCAACUACUUGAAUGGACAGAGGCUUUAUGGAAGGGUCAUGCAUGCUACUCUUUCAAAAUAUCAGACAAUUCAACUUCCUCGUGAGGGACAAGAGGACAAAGGUCUAACAAAGGACUAUAGCAAUAGCCCUUUACAUCGCUUUAAGAAUCCCUGCUCUAAGAACUUCCAAAAUAUAUUUCCUCCAUCUGCAACCUUGCAUCUGUCCAACAUCCCGCCUUCUGUUGCUGUUGAUGAUUUGAAGAACCUUUUUACAAGUAAAGGAUCUACUGUGAAAGGCUUCAAAUUUUUCCAGAAAGAUUGCAAAAUGGCUCUUAUCCAGCUGGGUUCUGUGGAAGAAGCAGUUCAUGCUCUCAUUGAGCUUCACAAUCAUGACUUUGGAGAAAACCAACAUCUCAGAGUUUCCUUCUCAAAAUCUUCAAUCUGAAUUUUCUGUGAAUUUUCCCUUUAAGGCUGCAUAAUAGUUUUAGUAAAAUCUUCAAAGAGAGACUGAGACAGCUCUGACCAACUCUGUAUCUUAAAAGAAAAACCUCAUUCAUACACAAAGAAUUAAGUGAUGGUUUUUUUUGAUUCUAGCUGCUAUUAUGUCAUCCAUAGAAAGAUUCUUCUGUGAAAUCAUUUUAGCAACAAUAUUUAUCAUCAAAUUUCCUAUUUAAAAUUAUGUUUUGAAACCAUCCUUUCAGCUUUUGUUUGAAGUCAGCCUUACAAAACAAUUUCUGAGUGCUUUUACAAUUUACCAAAUGAGUAUGUUUAAUUAAAAGGUAAACCUAUUUUGUGGAGAUUAAACACUAUUUUGAAUGUGAAAUAGUGCUUGGGUUUCCUGAAGAAAAGCAAACAGUAACUGUGAGUAUCCUCUAAAUAGUAUUUAUGUUACCAAGGUGUGUGUUCAUACUUUGGCAAAUCUUUACAAAUAGCUUGUUUAUAAAAGUAAAAAGUCUGUGCUGUUGUUAUAAAUUAUUAGAGAAAAGGCAGUGCCUUCUCUCUAUGGAAUAAAAGUGUUUGACAAUUUUCUUCAAGGUGUAUUAUUGGAGAAUUAGUUUGACUUGAGUGUGGGUUAAUAGGAUGUUUAAUGUCCUAUUUCUACUAUGAAGGGAUGUGUAACAAUACCUUUGAGAAAAUAAAACAAGAAAAUGAUCUUGAUUUUAAAAUAAUUUUUUCACAUUUCUCUAAAUAAUUAAAUGUUUGCAAUCUUAUGGGAAAUAUUCAGGUCUGUGAUGGUUUCUCAAGUUUUUAAGAAGUUAUUUUUGCUAAGGUCAUUUUUCAGGGCAGAAAAAUUAAACCUCGAGGUUUUUUACCACUCUACAGUCUAAUACUUAAAUUACUGUGUAUUUACCUAAUUUCUUAUUUUGUGCCUUACUAUAUGUGUAUGAAUAUAUUAGAGUGUUACCUGAAGUAUCUUGCAAAAAUGUUGUGGGCUUUGUGAAAAUUCUCCUCUUGGUCUUUUUGUAAAUGUUUUCCAUGAUAAUUCAAUAUAUAUUUUUUCAUUAAUUAAUAUUUUGAAUUCUAUUCUCUUGUGCUUUCUUAUGGAGAUUGGAUGUAGAUGGGAAUAAGGUUUCAUUUGUUGUGAAAUCACAUAGGGAUUCUUUAAAUUUACCUAGUUGCACUUCUCUGAUGGUAGUUCUUCACUGGUAAAAAAUUCACACCCAGAAAAAAUAUACUAAAAAAUCAUUCAAACCUAUAUAGGAGGGCCAAGCAGCAAAUCCAGUUAGUUUCCUGGACUUCAUCUGACUUUUUGAGAGACACUGGCUGUAUGAGAAUAUUCUUUCAGUUUUCUGCAUUUCUUUUAUUUUUAAUAGUUUACAGUAUUAAACUUAAAGUAAUAGAAUACUAUCAUUCUUUCCUUUGUAAGUAUGAAAAAAUGUUUGAUACUGAAUCUUGAUUCCUCUUUGGGGAAUGAGCUGAGAUGCAGUGAGGUUUUGCCAUGAGUGUACAGAUGAAUACUAAUGACUAAUCAUAUUUUUAAAAGCUAAAUUUCAUUUUGAGAGCUUUUUUUCCAUAGCAUUUUCUUUCACAUUAAUUGAAAAUUAAUUUAAUUUUGCUUACCACAUUUUAAAGACCUAUUUCUUUCAAAUAUGGCGUUUACUUCUAACUAUUGCAGAAUUUGUUUCUGCUGUAAUGUUUUGACACUCAUAAUUGGUUUUGUCCAUUGGAAUUGUAUGACUUUAUCUUUCUAGAAGAAAGAGUAUGUUUCUACCAUGAUCUGAGUAUUCUGUAGUGAGCUUUCUCAGAUUUUCUCUCUGAAUUAUUUUUGCAAAAUCAGCCUUACAGAAGCUUGCCAGAUACUACCUUAAUCUAUAUAAAUUGAUUACAGGUGUAGUAUUAAGGAAAUUUCCCUGCCUGACCAUCCGGGAGCCAUUCUGGCAGUCACUCUUGCACCACCUGAGCAGGAGCUGAAGCUCUUCCCAGUUACAGCCCCCACAUCCCCACAGUCAGAACAGGUUUCCUUACUGGGCUGACCCCAGAUUUCCCAUAGCAGUCUCAGGUGUCCCAGCCAUUAAAACGAUUUCAUCACAGUGCAAUAACAAACAAAGAGCUCGGACUGGUGUCUCUGAGGGGGGACCCAGAACAAAGGAACCCCUGGGCUUUUAUCCCCUCACCAGUCUAAGCGUGGGAAGGUCUGGGAUCGUCGGCUCCUGCCGUGUCCUGGUGUCCGGUCCCCUGGCUGGGCCACAGGUCCCCGGCCCUUGUGUGCCCUGGGUUGGCUCUUCACGGCCUCUUUGCCUGGGCUCCUCCCGCCUGAGCUCAACCUGCAGCUCCCCCUGCAGCUGCACCCUGAGCUACCUCAGUGAAAGUGUUCCUCAAAAGUAGCAGCCAAUCUGACUGCACAGAUGUAGCUAUAGUAAGUGCUGUUCAACACUAUAUAAAUAUGCAGAAUGUACUACGUACUGAAAAGUUCAACUGGCUUAGGAAAAAUAUUCCCCUAAGGGUAGUUAUCUUUUGAAUUUCACAGAAUCACAGAAUGGUGUGGGUUGAUCUCCAGGAGGUUCUCACAGUCUUACUGCUCAGUGUGUCCAGAUCCUUCUGGAUGGUAUCCUUUCUUUCUAGGUGUGUUGGCUGCACCACACAGCUUGAUGUUGUCAGCAAACUUGCAGAGGGUGCAGUUGAUUCCACUGUCCAUGUCACCAAUAAGGCUGUUUAACAGCUCUGGUACCAGUUAUUAUCCUUACAGAACACUGCUCAUUAUUGGUCUCCACUUCAACAUCAAGCCGUUGACCACAACUCUUUGAUUGUGGCCAUCCAGGCAUUUCAUUUUCCAGCUAGAGGUCCCCUCAUCAAAUCCGUGCCUCCAGUUUAGAGACAGGGAAGUUACGUGAGACAGUGUCAUGCUUUGCACAAGUCCUGGUAGAUGACAUCAGUUGCUCUUUUCUUAUCCAAUAUUGCUGUAACUCUGUUGUAGAAGGACAUUAAAUUUGUCAGGCAUGAUUUGGCUUUAGUGAAGCCAUCUAUUUCAUAAUCUUACUGGGAACCAAGGUGGAACGUCCAGACUUAUAGUUCCCGGGGUCUUUCUUAUUUCCCUUUCUCAGAAAAGCAUUAGCUUUUAAAGUUUCAUAGACCUGGGUUGCUAAGAAAACCUCUUUUCCUCCCAGGCUACGUGUUACUUCCACCCUCUGUAGCCCUUCUUUUAGUACUUUGAGUUCAUCCAGUAGUUCCUUGUUCAUCUGACACCAUUCUGACAGUUUUGCCUGACUUCCUCUUUGUUGGCAUAAUCACUCCUGAGCUUGGAGAAGGUGAUCCUUGAAAUAAAGGUGAUCCUUUAACACCACCCAGCUUUCUUGGGUCCCUCUUCCCUCCCGGGCUUUUUCCCCAUGAUACUAUGUGAGGCAGAUCCCUGAGGAGGCCAAAAGCUGCUCUUCUGAAGUCCAGGGUCAUGAGCUUUCUGUGCACCUUCCUUGCUUCCUGAGGAUCUCAAACUCCAUUUUGUGGUCCUUACAAUCAAGGCUGCCCUUGAGCUUCACAUUUUCCAUCAGCCUCUCCCUGUUGGGAAAAAAAGGUCCAGCAUAGCACCUCCUCUCCUUGGCUCCUCCAUCAAUUGAAGAAGGAAGGUACCAUCAAUGCAUUCUAGGAAGCUUCUGGAUUGUUUAUGUGCUGCUAUGUUGACAGAUAUUAGGGUGGUUGAAAUUCUCCAUGAGGAACAAGGUUUGCGUAUGUGAGGCUGCUCUUCUCUGUAAGGGGCCUCAUCUUCUCUGUCUUCCUGGUCAGACAGUAUGUAGCAGACCCUUACUAUAAAGCCACCUUCCCUUGCCUGCCUUUAAUCCCAACCCAUUAACUCUCAAGUCAGCUCCUCAUCCAUCCACAGGUGAGGCUCCAUGAUCUCCAGCUAGUCAUUGACAUAGAGAGCAACACCACCUCCUUGCCUACCCUUCCAGUCUUUCCUGAAUAGCCUAUAUCCUUCCAUUCCAGCAGUCUACUCUUUGGAGCCAUCCCACUUUGUGUCCAUGACAUACCAGUGAGGUCAUAGGUAUGCCCACAUGUCUAACUCUGCUUGUAUAAACAAGAAUAAUAAGAAUAAACAAGAAGGGGAAUAAUCCCCUUCUUAGGUUCUCUUGCAUAGAUGCUUUGGAGUUGAAACCCUAAUGAAGCUGACUUACUGGCUGGAGUAGCUGGAAUUCCUUUGUGUUGCUCUUCUGGUGCUUUUUCUGCUGACCUGUGAUCCCUCUUCAGGCUCUGGGCAUCUAUUGCUGGCACUGGCAGCAAAUUGAUAGGAGUGGGAUGUGUCAGGACCCAUCCCCAUAUGGGCCACCAGUUGUUGGUGUCAGUGCUUGGCACCAAUGACAGUGGAUGGAAACUGUCACCAUCAGUUUAUCAUCUUACUCUAAAACUUUCAUACCUUCUCUCUGUGACUUCCUUUGGUCAGCUUCUCACAGCACUGACUCCUUUUCUCUUCCUUCUGCAUGGCUGGCUGACUCCUCCCUGUCCCUUUCAUGACCACCUAACCCUUACAGCUCCUCACAGCACAGCCAACACACUCCAGCUCUCCUCUCAACUUGCUAACCCACUCUUUUAUAACCCCCAUCCUUACUGGAUAUAUCUGUGCCCUGUUAAGGGCAGGGCUGUUCCUACUCUGGUAAUUAGUACAGCUGCAACUCCUCAGGGGUGAGAUUGCCUUUAGCACUAUCUCUAUUCUCCUAUAAUCCAUCCUCCCAAAGGGAUGGACUAAAAUUCCCUUCCCCCUGGCAUCUUUAGUUUAAAGCCCUUCUCACCAGCUUGGCAAGCCUGUGGCAGGAGAUGCUCUUCCCCUCUUCUGACAGAGGGACCCCGUCAGCCCUUGGUAGACCCAGUUUUUGAAAGCAAGUCCCAUGGUCAAAGCAGACAAACCCCUGGCUGGGACACAGCCCCAAAAGCAUUUGUUGAUUCACCAGAUUUGACUGGCCCUUUCAAACACCUUUCCUUUGACUGUCAGCAUUGAUGAAGACUGCCUGUAGAAUCCUAAAAAUUUUUAACUUAGAAAAAAUCUGAAUGUUGGAAUUUAUUGUAUUUGCUUUUUGGUUUUGUGAUACAAGUAUUGUGUAUCUUUUUUGAUUCACCUUUAUUGUUCUGUCUUUGCAAUCUAAUUAUUCUUGCCAACAUGUUUUUCGAUUUGUGUGUAUCUGAAAGACGAUGCCUCUUAGGGAGAUCUGCUUUUACAAGGUAUGCAGAUAACCUUUGAAACUUGACAGUACACUUUAACAUUUGCUUAGCAGUGUGAAGGCAGUAGUUAAGGCUACUUUUUCCCUUUUAGUGUUCCACCUUGAAUAACUGAAAGCAUAAACAUAACACCUUAGUUAUUACAAUGCAUUGUUUGUGAAGAAUCAUGGCAGAAGGAAUACUUUUUAUACUUUGUGCUUAACUCAGUAGUGCCUUGUACAGAAGCACAGUUGCAUCUCAGUUCUUGAUUCUCUAAAGCUCUUGAUAUCUAUGAAAAGAGCAAGAUUUAAGAAUGAUAUUCUACAGAGUCUCACAGUGAUGUGGAUGGAAUGGGACCUCCAAAUGCCUCAGUCCUACCUCUCAGUCAGAUUAUAUACAACUUUAAGCAGUUACUCAAAGAAUUGUCCAUGUAAAUUGAAAAACAAAAUCAAAUGGAACAAAUUCUCUGUUCUUCGCUGUUCUGUUUGGCAGUCCUCACUGUGAAUAUGCUUCCUUAAUAUGUAACUAGGCUUUAAACAUACUGCAUUCUAUGUUUUUUGCCUUUUUCCCAGUUACCCAUGUACCUCUGAAGAGGAUUCUGGCUUCAUCUUCUCUAUAUUGUAGCCUUAAGCUGUUAAAGAUACGUUUAUAAUUUUUUUUUACAUAUGUUAUUACUUUCUGUUUGUGAAGUAUCUGGUAAUGUGCACAGUUCAAGUUGGAAUUUGGGCAUGUGGUGGAGCUGUCUUGUGCAGGGCCUGGAGUUGGAUUCGAUGAUCCUUGUGGGUCUCUUCCAUUUCCACAUAUUCUAUGUUUUUGUGACUUUAUAGUUAUGUCUCUGUAUAUGUCAUGUCCUUGAAUCAACUCUGAGUUACCUCCUAGUCCAUUUUUUUUGAUGGAUGCACACUUGGUUCAAAGUGUAAUAAGGCCUUUUUAACAACCCAGGAGCAGCUAAGUGCCUUUUCAAUUGAUCCUUGAUUUGUUAUAUAAUGGUAAAACUUCUACUUCUUUUAAUUUCUGCAGAACUCUUAAAACAUCAGAACCAAUUUCUGAAACUUUGACCUGUAAUUUGACUCAGUUGCCUUGUCUGCUGGUCCUGUAAGUUGCACUGGAUUUGUGUACUGAUAAAUUGAGGUCCUUUUUAUUCAGAAGAUAUUCCACAUACCUGUGGAAACUUGCCUAUCUGUGACAUUUUUCUGAUUACAGGCUGCAAACCAGUGUUUGUUUGCCAAGAAAACUAUUAGUCUUUGUGGAUAGUAGUGCCAGUGAGGUCUGUCUAGUCAAUUAUCUUCCCCUCCUCUGAUUGAUAUCAGUAGGAAAGUAAGUUGGGGUUUUUUUAUAAGAGAUGUAGACCUACUACUUGCCAUUUUAUGCUGUUAGCUUAUAUUUCUGUUUUUUAAAUGAGAGGUCAUCUUCCUAUGAAGAGCAUUGUUUUGCCUUAACCUUUCGCCCUGAUGUUGUUAGCUAGAGCACAACUACCAGACUUAGUCUUGUCAUCGUUGUGCUGAAAUGAUACUAGUCAGAUUGCACAGAAUUUUUUCUUUACAUUAACUUUAUCUUCUGUCUUCUGAAGUUUGGUUUGCUACAUACAAGAUUGUUUUCCUGCUCUUUUCAAAGCAAAUCCUAACAGUUAGAAUGUAAAAUUUCUGAAGUAUUUAACUUCAGGGUUUUAUUGAUGGGGGAUGUGAUAUAGGAACAAAAUGGGACCAAAGUUUUUGUGCCUUCAGUAGUUUUAUAUGUACGGUUUUUCAUAUCUGUAGGUGUCUUUAAGUAUAAUAAAUACAUUUUUCUCCUCUGGAAAAUGUAUAUUUAUAUUGUGAAAAAUUAAUAUUGUCUAUUGACUAUACAAUAAGUGAACUACAGCUGUUUCAAUGCACAUUUAAUUAUUCUACUGUCUUUCCCAUUACCGGUUUGUUUUUUUUUAAACUGCAAUAUGUAGGAAUCCAAGCAUAACUCACGUUAUUUCCUACUUCAGAUAAUAAUGACAUGUUGUGCUUGGAGGAGUCCCAAAGAAAUUAAAUGCUUACAUAAUUGAAGGUCCUUGAUAAUGAAGAAAGCUUUUACUUCAGCAGAUUAAUGUCAUCACUGUAAGCAGUUUUUCAGUUCUUGGAAACUGUGCUUUAUUUAUGAGUGGGAAGCUACCACACAUAAACUUGAUUUGAAGCACUUUCCAAUUAUUUUUGAAUAUAUUACCCACUUUUUGCCGAAGUUCACCAUAGAACUGCUGCAGCACAAGAUAAAAGUUGCUAACCAAGCAGAUUCUUGCAUCAGAGUGUCACUUCAUUUUCUGACCAAAGACUGUUCUGGUUUUACUGAAAUAUAUGAAAACCUGUUUUCUCUCACACUUCUUUCUGAUGGGAAGACCCCAAAGCAAACUGGGCUCUAUUUGAGACUGUUAACUGGUGGUAGAAAUGGUGGAAAAUGGAUAUAGUAAUGUGAACCAAAUAGUGUGAGAGAAGACAAAAAGUUAAUAUAUUGCUUUUAGUACUGUACUCAAGACACAGUAAACAUCUCUAAGAAUUGCUGACAUUCCCUCAUUUCACAUGAUCUGUUCAUAAAAAUUCCAUUUCAGUUUAUAAAAAUGUUCAUCUAACUCAAGAAAAUACUGUAAAUAUUUGUAACAUCAUGUUUUGGUUUGUUUUUAUUUUGGUGUUUUUUUUUUUUAAUCUGGAAAAAGAGUGUUUGGGGAAACAAAUGGAAAUGUAAAUGUUUUUACAUAAAAAUAUUGUCUGUAUAUUUUAAUAAGCAAAAGCUUUCAUUUGUAAAGCAUCUUGUGGCAUUGCAUGAAAAGUAUUUUAUAUCUGUGGAGAUGACAUAAAACAGAAAAGAUAUAAGAUGUAUUAAAGAAACCUAUUUUGUGACUGUGUAGUGCAUGGUGAAUAUGAUUUUGUUUGUGCUGUAAUAUAUUCUGGUUUUUUAGGGUAGUGUGUUUUCUGAUUACAUGAUAUCUAUACCUAACUAAUUUCCUAACUGUAGUUGUUGUAGCAUGUCUUUUAAUAAAUGUAAUUAUGGCUAUACUCUCUUAAA